CUCCUUUCUAUUCGUCUUUCCAUCGCCGAUAAAUUCGCCGUUAGCCAUCGGAAAACGCAGCGGAGGAGCUAAGUUAAUUCUCUAUUCUCUGCGUCACGCCGGUGUGGAAGCGAAUUUGAUAUUAACCUGAUCUGUAUCAUGGACGAAGAGGCAGCGAAACCUAGAGACUCCACCGCGAAUCAGCAACAGCAUCAAUACUAUUACGGAACGUUCCAAGGCGUUGCUAAUUACCCUACUCCGUCUCCGCCACCGCAAUUUCUAUCUCCGGUACAGCAACCGCAGCAUCAGAUCGCUACGUUUCCAGGACAUGCUUAUCAAAAUCUCCAUGGUCCUCCUGGUGGUGGUUUUGUGAAUUAUGCUCAAGGAUUCCCAGUUGUUCCUGAUUAUACAGUGGUUGAGGUGAGACCGAUGAUGAGAGAGCAUGACCUUCCAUGCUGUGGCUUGGGCAUGGGAUGGUUUCUGUUUAUCAUAGGCUUCUUGUUCGGUGGGAUUCCUUGGUACCUUGGUGCUUUUAUUAUUCUAGUCACAUCUGUUGAUCACCGUGAGAAGGCAGGUUACGUUGCCUGUUCAAUCGCAUCCGUUGUCUAUAUGAUUGCCGUCAUGCUAGGGAUGACUGGAGAUGUUAACAUCUGGUGAAAUCUACUCUCCAAAAGAGAACUCAAUCCUGUAUACAUAUAUCUAUCUACAUAUAUACACGAAAAUGUAGAAGGAAACAAUUUGGAACGUUGUGAUGAACAUAUUGAUCAAAACAUGUAUAUGUUGUUGAUUCCCUUGGUGGCAUCUUCAUGUAAUAUUAUUUUCUGGUUUGCUUUUUUUUUUUUUUUUCAUCAAAAAGAUAAAUAUUUUCUGGUUUGCUUUGACGAUUGCUACAAUGUAAAAAUUCCCAUGUAAUAUCAUUUCUUUUUUAACUCAACAAAAUUUUCCUA